UAUUUGUGAUUUUUUUUUUUGAUGGAUUGGACCAUGACAAUCUGCAACUGAAGCUGCAUCAUACAUUCAACCUGAAAUCUGAAGCAUUUCUCACAAACUCUGGUUGAGAAAUUCACAUCAGAGCUGCAAAGAUGAUGUGCGAGGUGAUGCCCACCAUCAGCGAGGCGGAGGUGGGGAGUAACGGAGGUGGACGGGGGUCCGGCUCGCCCCUGCAGUCGGACUCUGAGGGACAUUUCGAGUCUCUGAUGGUUUCCAUGCUGGAGGAGAGGGACAGGCUGCUGGACACGCUGAGAGAAACACAGGAGAACCUGGGACUGACCCAGGGCAAGCUGCACGAGGUCAGCCACGAACGAGACGCCCUGCAGAGACAGCUCAACUCCGCCCUGCCUCAGGAGUUUGCAGCUCUGACCAAAGAGGUGAACAUGUACAGGGAGCAGCUGCUGGAGAGAGAAGAAGAAAUCGCCGAGCUGAAAGCUGAGAGGAACAACACGAGGCUGCUGCUGGAACAUCUGGAGUGUUUGGUUUCUCGGCACGAGCGCUCUCUCAGGAUGACGGUGGUGAAGAGACAGGCUCAGAGUCCGGCCGGAGUCUCCAGUGAAGUGGAGGUUCUCAAAGCCCUCAAGUCUCUGUUCGAGCACCAUAAAGCUCUGGAUGAAAAGGUGAGAGAGAGGCUGCGUGUCGCUCUGGAACGGUGCAGCGCUCUGGAGGAGCAGUUAACAGCUUCCCAUAAAGAGAUGACUUUACUGCGAGAGCAGAAUAAUCAGAAGAAGAUGCUCAUCGACGGCACAGCAGAAAUCAACCACAACUCUGAAAGCACCAACGGCAAGAGGUCCUCGGACGGUUCCUCAGGGCCGGAGGAGGACGUGGGGAAGGUGCUGGAGCUGCAGGAGGUGAUGGACAGACAGAGUAAAGAACUGCUGCAGAUGAAGGAACGGGUCGUGGCUCUCAGCAACAGAGUGAGCGAACUGGAGGAGGAUCUGGACACAGCCCGAAAAGAUCUGAUCAAAUCGGAGGACAUCAACACUCGCCUGCAGAGGGACAUUCGAGAGUCUCUUGCUCAGAAGGAGGACAUGGAGGAGAGGAUCACAACCUUGGAGAAACGGUACCUGGCGGCUCAGAGAGAAGCGACGUCCGUUCACGACCUGAACGACAAACUGGAGAACGAACUCGCGAACAAGGAUUCCCUGUUUCGACAGACGGAGGAGAAGAACCGGCAGCUCCAGGAACGUCUGGAACUGGCCGAGCAGAAACUCCAGCAGACCAUCCGUAAAGCCGAAACGCUUCCCGAGGUGGAGGCGGAGCUCGCUCAGAGAGUCGCCGCCCUUAGCAAGUCUGAUCGUUCUGUAUGCUCUGCCUCUAAGGACACUAAGGACUCUAAAGCACAGAGGAAGGCUGAAGAAAGGCACGGUAAUGUUGAGGAGCGACUGCGGCAGUUGGAGGCUCAGCUGGAGGAGAAAAACCAGGAGCUGCUCAGGGCUCGUCAGCGGGAGAAGAUGAACGAGGAGCACAAUAAGCGUUUAUCUGAUACUGUAGAUAAACUUCUCUCCGAAUCUAAUGAGAGACUGCAGCUGCACCUGAAGGAGAGAAUGGCUGCUCUGGAGGACAAGAACGCCCUCAUCCGAGAGUUAGAGCACACCAAGAAACUGAUCGAAGAUGCUCAUCAUGAAAAAGAGCAGCUGCUGAUCCAGAUAGAGACGAUGAGAUCGGAGAGUGAUCAGGAUCGCAGCAGGAGCAACUCCGUCGUCCACCAGGGACGCUCUCACAUGGGCAGCACUCCAGACUUCAGGUACCCGGUCUCCGCCUCGUCCAUGAUCGACAACCAUUCCGACCAGUACAGCAGCUCACUGGUGCUGAGACGGCCGCAGAAGGGACGGGCCGCCGCUCUGCGAGACGAGCCUUCCAAGGUUCAGACUCUGAACGAGCAGGAGUGGGAGCGCGUGCAGCAGGCUAACGUCCUGGCUAAAGUGGCGUACGCGUUCGAGAGCGACAUGGACGUGUCCGAUUUGGAGGAUGACCGAGAGACCAUUUUCAGUUCGGUGGACCUGCUUUCCCCCGCCGGACAGACGGACGCACAGACGCUGGCGCUGAUGCUGCAGGAACAGCUGGACGCCAUCAACAACGAGAUCAGAAUGAUUCAGGAGGAGAAGGAAAACACGGCCAUGAAAGCUGAAGAGAUCGAAUCCAGAGUCGGUAGCGGCGAGAGUCUCGGACCUCGUUUCCGCUCUAUGAGCUCGAUCCCUCCGCCCUCGUACAGCUCCACCCUUCCCAGUUCCACCCAUUCGGGCUCCUCCCCUCCAGGUUCUGGCCACUCCACCCCUCGCCGAGUGGCGAGUAGAGAGAUGGACCGGAUGGGGGUCAUGACCCUGCCUAGUGAUUUACGGAAGCAUCGUAGGAAGGAGGACAAAACAUCAGUCAUAUGUGAGACGUCCCCUCCUUCUACACCUCGAUCUGCUCGCCUCAGUAAAGGAGGACAUGCUGCCAGUCACGACGACAUCCGAGAUAUACAAAGUAUCUCGGCGUUACAAGACGGACAGGGCAGUAAUCCCAGCAGUAGUAACAGCAGUCAGGAUUCCCUUAAUAAAACCGCCAAGAAGAAAAGCAUCAAGUCUUCCAUCGGAAGGUUCUUCGGUAAAAAGGAGAAAGGACGACCGAGCCUCCCGGGAAAAGAUUCUUCCAGCCAAGGUGCUUCAGAGGGAGAUGCUUCCCAGGAUGCAAUGGGGCUUGGUAAACUCGGCAGUCAUGGUGAGAAGAACCGGAAGCUGCAGAAAAAGCAUGAGCUGCUGGAGGAGGCUCGUCGGCAGGGGCUUCCCUUCGCCCAGUGGGACGGUCCUACUGUUGUCGUCUGGCUGGAGCUGUGGGUGGGGAUGCCCGCGUGGUACGUGGCAGCGUGCCGUGCCAACGUGAAGAGUGGAGCCAUCAUGUCGGCUUUAUCAGACACGGAGAUCCAGAGAGAGAUCGGCAUCAGUAACCCCCUCCAUCGACUCAAACUGCGCCUCGCCAUCCAGGAAAUCAUGUCAUUAACCAGCCCUUCAGCCCCGCCCACUUCCAGAACGACUUUAGCAUAUGGAGACAUGAACCAUGAGUGGAUUGGGAACGAGUGGCUGCCCAGUUUGGGUUUACCUCAGUACCGCAGUUACUUCAUGGAGUCUCUGGUUGAUGCUCGGAUGCUGGACCAUCUGACCAAGAAGGACCUGCGUGGCCAGCUAAAGAUGGUGGACAGCUUCCACAGAAACAGUUUCCAGUGCGGCAUGAUGUGCUUGAGGCGGCUGAACUACGACAGGAAAGAGCUGGAGAAAAGGCGAGAGGAAUCCCAGAGCGAGGGUAAAGAUGUUCUGGUGUGGAGUAACGAGCGAGUGAUUAAAUGGGUGGAGUCCAUCGGGUUGAAAGAGUACGCUCAUAACCUGCUGGAGAACGGCAUCCACGGAGCGAUGAUGGCUCUCGACGAAACCUUCGAUUACAACACCCUCGCCCUGCUGCUGCAGAUCCCAACUCAGAACACACAGGCUCGAUCAGUUCUGGAGAGAGAGUACAACAACCUGCUAGCUUCGGGAACAGAGAGGAGACUAGAGGAGGACGAUGAUAAGAACUUUCGCAGAGCUCCGUCUUGGAGGAAGAAGUUUCGACCCAAAGACGUCCGUGGUUACAGCGCCGAUACCCUCCCUGCUGAAUUCAGAGUGUCCAACAGCACGUCUGCUUCUCCGGCCAUGCAGCCAAAGAAACACCAGCUGGACGGGAGUGUGAGUGGUUCACAGAGACUCGACUCUGCUACUAUCAGAACGUACUCCUGCUAACCCAACGCCAGGUUUAUGCUCAUUAUCUCUAUAGGUGAAGAAGACGCAGCGCCCCCUCCAGGCUGCCAGUGGAAUCCAGCAGAACUCUGAGGAUCCAGCCGCCGUCUGAUCCGCCGGACGCCGUUUUAGAUCUCAUCUAUUUAUGGGACUUUUCAGUAAUUAGUUGACGUAUCGUUGAGCUGUUUUUUUUCUUCUCUCUUCUUACGUAUCAUGUUUAAUCUUUCAGGUCAGACUGAAUGUAUUACAGAUCUCAAGUUUGUACAUUUCUAUCUAAUCCCUUUUAUAAUCUUUUAUCUUCGGAGUGUUUGUGUGACGGCGAGACGUGAGCUGGCGUGACUGACUUGUGAUUUAAUUUGGCCGGACGCGUCUCGCUGUCCGUUUCAUGACGUAUUAUGUGAAUAUCAGAACUGGUGCGUAUCAUACAGAGCUUUUAUUUCUUUUGCGUAUAUAUUAAUGUUUCCCCUUCCGUUGUCCUCAUGCUCUGUGAUACCAGACUGUCCAUAAGCCAUAACGUAGCGAUGACGAGGGCUACCGCCGGACGCAUCUUUCAGCCCGUCUUUCCAUGUGCUGAAACCCUUCAUUCCUGUUAUUCUGCACGUCAGGCACAUCAGUGACGUGUGGAACGUGUUUGAUAACGAGUGUAUGAUGUGUGUUUGUGUGUGUGUGUGGUAUGUUGCUUCGCUGGACCAACCCCACUGUGGCCUUCACCUCAAAAUUGCCACGAUUUUAAUCCCAGAUAACCUGAAGCGGCAUUCAAUGAAGAAAAUGACAUUUAUAAUCGCCACGUUCUUUAGAUGUAUUUUAACAGCGGAGACAAACCAGUUGGCUAAUGUGUCAGUUUAGCAUCAUGCCAUCAUAAUAAUGAACGUCAGACUCAUCACGCCAGGAUUAUUACAUUUAAUGCUAAAUAUACGCUGUGUUUGCACAACCCCCCAUUUCACUAAAUAGAGGUGGAACACCACAUAUCCCCCCUGACACGUGUCUAAUCUGCUGCCGCUUCUUAUCACCUGCUAGUGUUUGGUUCCCACACAGAGCUGUAUUGAAUACGGAGGCUCCCGGACCAGUCCGGAGAUCAUAUAUCCCGACGGCAGCAGAAUGAGAAACGUGGGCAAUUGUGUUUGUGUGGACACCCGGUCAGGUCGAUGGCCCCUGUGAGUUCCAACACGUUGCAGUGUUGUGCUAGCGCAUUAGGCGACUCUAAAUGCAUCUGAUUUCUUAAUACAUUUCAAACACAAAAGCUGGAAGUUGGAAGCGCUUGUAGAUCCAUGUUGAUAUUUUCAGGCCAACAGCUUUGAGUUCCUCAGCUUCAGUUUAAACAUUUGAAUCAUAUGUACUGAUUAAGUUCAAAACAACAAAAACAAUAAAUCAGUUUUUAAUUCCAGUGACUGUUUUUAUCAGAGUCAGUUUUUUUUUAUUCUGGUCAGGAUCACAGUUGGCCUGAGACCACCUCUAUUCCACCAAUCCAGUACGUUAUCCCGCCACACCUGGGAGCUGGUAUAAAACUGGAGUAACCUCAUGGUGGCCCAUGUGGACCGGUGGGAAGAAUUAAACCCAGGUCCUCAGUCUGAUCACAUUUUCACUUAAACUUUACCUAUAAAACAACAUUCAAAUAUUAAAAUACAUAGAAUUGAAAUGUAAAAACAGAAGCACAAAAUAUUUCAAAGCUAUUUCAAAACUUUAAAACAAUAAAACUGAUCUAAAGGAAAUUGGAAAACACAGGAAAAACAUGAAUUUGAGCGAAUUCUGUAAUAAAGCGGCUGUGUGAUUGAGACCCGCACUGACUGUUCAUGAUGCUAAACUGGAGCCUAAAUGCUGUAUAGGUUUUAUACUGGAGCUAUAAGACUAACACAAGCAAGAAGCUUGUUUAGAAAAAUAAGAAAACAUUUCAUGUUCUUGCUUUUACAAAACAACUUUGUUCAAGGGCCCAACAGUUGCUGGAAUUCAAACCAUCAGUGGUAAAGUUGGGGGUUUGAAGCCUGACUGGCGGCGUAUGAUGGCUGUAUAUAUGAGAGUAAAGAAAUUCUGCUUCCGAUAGCUUCAAUUUGAAACGUCACACUGACCCCCCACCCUCACACACAAACACACUCUGUGUUUUUAUUUAUUCGGUAUUCUUUGAUCUCUGCUUGAUUUUAUGAAUCACAUGGUUUUAAAGAAUGGAGUCAGAAAUUAAAGCUGGACUGUAUUAUUAUUGUUAUUGUUAUUAUUAUUAUUUUAAUGUCGUAUUUUUGACCCGAGACUCUCGGCUACGGCCUGUUUUUUUUCUUUUAUCUCGAUUUUAUUUCAGUCUCAAUGCACAAUUCCAAUCUUGUUCUCUUUCUUUCUUCCUUAUUUUGCUGAUCUUAUAUUAAAAAGCUGUACAGUCUGAAUACUUAUAACUAUUUUAUAUCACAGUAUUAUUUAUUGCUUCCUUUCAAUAAAAAUACUGAUCCUUAUUUUUCACUGCCAAUAAAAAGACUAAGUCUUUGUGUUUAAACACUG